CAACCCAUCAUCACAAGCACCAAAACACUCAAUCGAUUCACAAAAUGGCAGGAACACUCUCCAAAAAGCGCAAAGUAGAAGAGGGAAUCAAGGGGAAGGUUUCUCGACCAGUCAAAAAAUUCAAAAAACAAACCGACUACAAGUCCUCCUCCGAAGACGAAGCAGAAACAGAUUUCCAGGCUGUGAGCCUCCAAGACUCUGACGAGGAGGGACUCGACACGACAGAUUUAGUUGGAUCAGAUGGGUCAGAUGCAGAUGACGAGCCCGCCCUCGACGAGGCGGAAUUGGAGGAGGAGGUUACUGAUGCAUCAAAUUCGGACUCAGAAUCUGGUUCGGAAGAUGAGGACGACGAAAAUGAGAAUCCUAAUUUAAUACGAAAGCGCAAACGCAAUGACCCAGAAGCUUUUGCAACCUCUAUGUCCAAGAUCCUCGGCUCGAAAUUAUCAACCUCGAAACGCAUCGAUCCGGUCCUCUCCCGAAGUGCCAAUGCAUUACAAGCAAGUAAGGAAAUCAUGGAUUUGGCGUUGGAGAAGAAGGCAAAGCAAAAAUUGAGGGCUGAGAAGAGGGAAGCGCUAGAUAAAGGACGAGUCAAGGAUGUUCUUGGGACUAGUACGGCUUUCGAUGCUGCGAAUGAGAGAGGAGAUGGUCAGACUGUGCAGGAAACGAUGGAGCUGGAAAAGAGGUUGAGAAAGACAGCUCAGAGAGGUGUGGUGAAGCUCUUCAACGCGGUUAGGGCUGCACAGGUUAAGGGUGAAGAGGCCGCGAGGGAAGCUAGGAGUAAAGGGCUAGUAGGUCAAGGAAGACGGGAAGAAAAGGUCAACGAAAUGAGUAAGAAGGGGUUCUUGGACUUGAUUGCUGGUGGCGGAGGUGGAUUGAAAUCUGGAACGAUCGAGGAAGCAUAAUGAUAAAAGUCUUACACGGUAUGGCGUUGAGAUGGGAAUGUGGCGUUCGAUUCAGCAUCUUCUGAUGCGACUCCAAUGAGUUUGUCUUAUGUACAUGCAAUCCGCCGUAUGUAUUGUACAUGGGCAUCAAUGAUACCCUUAAUGAUACCCUACAGAUAGGAGCCCUAUCUAUCAACCCUAAAUGCUCCACCCAAAUGCUGAUCAUCAAAAUCCUCCCGAGUUCAGUCAUGUAUUAAAGUGCCUCUUCGACUCAUGAUACAACCACUUAAUUCUUCUUGCUGAAGUCGCUGGCUUGCAUAUUUCUUGUCAUCGAAGGUAGCCUCACUCGUAG